AUGUCCAGACGCCGGAGUCGCCGUGGAAAAGAGGCCGCCGCCGGUGAGUUUUCGAAAUUUGAAACAGUUUUUUUUUCAGAUCUGGCCGGUGGUAAUGAUAGCAUAACUUUGCUUACGUACCCGGGUAGUGCAUUGCCACAACAUGCUGGUUUGACGGCAGAAGACGUACGGAGAGCUGAGCACGCUGUAGGGCUUGUGGUGAAGCCGAUGCUAGAGAUCAGUGGUGACAAACCAGAGAGAUGGGCAUUAUUUGAUGAUGAAAUGUAUGACAAGAAAGUAGAGUACAUGGUAGGAUUAAUUGAAGAAGGUCAUUCGUUUAGCAAGGCACACUGGGGUGGUGGUGAUGCGGGGGAUAAGCUGUAUGUAUAUUCUGAAACAAUGAAGGUGAAAAAGAGGAAAGCUGUAAUUGAGCCCACGGGACCUAUUCUCAAACAGAGGCAAAUGAGCUCCUAUUACAACCGACAGAUUACUGUUGAUGCCGAGAAAUUUGCGAAGAUGGAGGUGAAAAUAGAUGAGUAUGGCAAAGAAAUUGGUCGACUACGAGAGUUGUGUGAUAAACAUGAGCGACGAUGGAAGAAAGGGAAAAUGUUGAAGAAAGGGUGUAAUGGGGCAAAGUGGAGAAGCGGAACAAAACUGAGGAUGAAAGUGAGGUCCAAAGAGACACCGGUUGGUGUAGAUGCAAAAACGGUUCCCGGUAAAGAUGAAGAAAUUAUUUCGGAGGAAGAGCCUACUUUGCUAGUACGGAUGAGACAUGGUAGUAGCUCAGUUGUAGGUGGUGAGGAGAGGGAAAUGUCUGGUGACGGUCUUGACGAAAGGGAAAUUGGUGAAUUGGGUGUCCUGGUGAAGGCAGUAGUGGCUGACAAUGAGGUAUGUGACAUUACUGUUGUGUGUAGUUGGUUUGAAAUGUUUGUGCAGUUGACGCAGAGAUUGUCAAUUUGGAAUUUACAGAUAGACAAUGUGGAAAAAGAUGGAACAGGAAAUAUGAAUGAAGGAGACAGUGUUCAGGAUGAGGGAUUGUAUGAGAAUGAGAUAGAUAAUGGGGACGCAGAGGGUGGAAGAGGAAAAAUGAGCAGUGAUGUUGUGGAGGAGAAUGAGUUGGAGGAAACUGUGAAUGUAACCAAUAUGGGUGAGAGAAAUGUUAUUUCUGAGGUGGAUGCUGAAGGUAGUGAACAUGGAAGUGAGAAUGGACAAAAUUAUAGGAUGACGGGUGAUGCGGGAGUUUCAACAGAGCAAGAAUUGUCCACAGAUAGACGUAUGGUGGUAAGUGUAACUUACAAUUACAGUUGUAAAUGGGAAGGUUGUACUGGAGAAUCGAUGAAGGAUGAUGAUGCGGGUGAGCAGAUGGGGUCAAAAGAGGAGAAUGAAAACGAAAGGUUAGGAGACAGACCGGAAGUGGAAGUAGAAGAUGUUAGUGAUUCGUUGGCGCCUAGUCAAGUGAAACAUAGACCAGGUGAAGAGGAUGAGCAGUUGGCUGCGUUGCUGUUGGCGAAGGAUCAAUAUACUUUCCCAGACAUGGUGCCUUUUUACGAAGACUGUGAUUACCCAUUUUUUGAGAAAGUUCUAACCGCAAACCCGUCAGUGUGA